AUGGCAGAACCACAGUUGUCGAGUGAUACUACCGCUGUCUUCCAGCAGCUGGACAAUUAUGACUGGGAUCAUGACAAAGACUUCCAAACUGCUCUUGCGUCCAUUCUAAGGUCUGCAGAGACUCCCGAGCAAACUGCACAUUUGACCACGCGAGCUCGUUGUUACUACUACACAAGAAAAUUUAAAGUACCCGUCAACUUCGAAGCCUAUCAAAACUGGCUCGAGUCUCAAAAUCAAGUUGCUGCAGAGCCUCAGGCGGCAUUGUCUACUGAACCGGCCCAUCCACCUUCUAUGGGGGAUGCUCCUCCGCCAGCCUCGUUUGCCGAGAUAUGUGCGCUGAUUGCAGAGGGCAAGCCGAUACCUGGUAUAAAGGACAUCCCUGAUACCAUUCUGGAAGGCCAGGGAACCCAAGCACAAGCCCCUCGACGCAAGAAGCCGUGGGAGAAGGAUGCAACUGCGGCACCAACUCCAAGCUGGGCAGCCCGGACCUGA